CGGGCCGGGGGCGUCUGGGCGUCGCCAGCCGGCGCGGGAAAGGUGUCGGUUUUCCUGAAGAGGCAGGGGGCGACGAGGGACGUGCGUCCGCGCGGAAGGAAUCUAAAUUUCUUAAAGAAGACCUGGCUGAUCUAGUUUCCUGGUAUUCCUUUUACUUAAGACAGUGCCCAAUAUCCGCCCUCAUGCAGGAUGCUGUGUUCUCUGCUCCUUUGUGAGUGUCUGUGGCUGAUAACUGGUUAUGCUCAUGAUGAUGACUGGAUUGACCCCACAGACAUGCUUAACUAUGAUGCUACUUCAGGAACAAUGAGAAAAUCUCAGGUGAAAUAUGAUAUAUCAGAGAAAAACAAAAUCAGUUCCGACUUGUCAUAUGCUGAUGAAUUGUCAGAAUGUUACAGCAAAGUUGAUUCUUUAACUCAUGAGAUUGAUGAAUGUGAAAAGAAAAAGAGGAAAGACUAUGAAAGUCAAAGCAAUCCUGUUUUCAGGAGAUACUUAAAUAAGAUCUUAAUUGAAACCAGAAAGCUCGGACUUCCUGAUGAAAACAAAGGUGACAUGCAUUAUGAUGCCGAGAUUAUACUUAAAAGACAAACCUUGUUAGAAAUACAGAAGUUUCUCAAUGGAGAGGAUUGGAAACCAGGAGCCUUGGAUGAUGCCCUAAGUGAUAUUUUAGUUAAUUUUAAGUUUCAUGAUUUCGAAGCAUGGAAGUGGCGAUUUAAAGAUGCCUUUGGAGUGGAUCCAUAUAAUGUGUUGAUGGUGCUUCUGUGUCUGCUCUGCAUCGUGAUAUUAGUAGCUACCGAGCUGUGGACGUAUGUUCGUUGGUACACUCAGUUGAAACGUGUUUUUGUCAUCAGUUUUGUCUUCAGUUGGGGAUGGAAUUGGAUGUAUUUAUAUAAGGUAGCCUUCGCACAGCAUCAGGCCGAAGUUGCCAAGAUGAAGCCAUUAGACAAUGUGUGUGUUGAGAAGAUGGACUGGACUGGAAGUAUCUGGGAAUGGUUUAGAAGUUCAUGGACCUAUAAGGAUGACCCCUGCCAAAAAUACUAUGAGCUCUUAUUAGUCAACCCUAUUUUGUUGGUCCCACCAACAAAGGCACUGGCCGUUACAUUCACCAACUUUGUGACGGAGCCGCUGAAGUACAUUGGAAAAGGGUCUGGUGAGUUUAUUAGAGCGCUCAUGAAGGAGAUCCCAGUGAUCCUGCACGUUCCGGUGCUGAUAACUAUGGCGUUAGCUGUCCUGAGUUUCUGCUAUGGUACUGGAAAAUCACUUAGUAUGCUGAGACCUUUAGGUGGUCCUGAAAGAGAACCGCCCCGGCCACUUCAGCCAGAUGAUAAGAGACCCCUUGGUGGAGCAGGUGAUGCAGAUUUCUAUUAUAGAGGCCCUUAUGACAGAACAUAUGAGGGUAGAAGAGAUGUUUUGAGAGAGAGAGAUGUUGACUUGAGACUUCAGACUGGCAAUAAGAACCCUGAAGUACUCCGGGCCUGUGACUUACCAGACGCAGAGGCGAGAGAGCAUCCCAAGGUGGUACCCAGUCCCAAAGACAUUGGUGGAAUCCCAGAAGAAAGCAGUACUAAAAGCAGCCAGUUGACUAAGCCUGUCUCUGGCCAAGAGGUGUCAGAGAGUGUGGAAGGUUCACCGGCAGUGGAAAAGGCCCAGCUCAGGACUGAUGCCAGAGGCAGCCCAGAGGAAGGCAGCGCUUCCAGCCCAGCAAGCACUGCGGUGGGAGCAUGCGGAAAGGAUCGGGAUGGCGGCCCAUGCGGCUAGAGGAACACAGACUUGGACCACAGCUCUGAGGUUGGGUACCUUCUUUUUUUACACAUUGGCCAUUAGGCGAAGUGGUUCUCACUGUUUGCCAAUCAAAAUCACUGAAGGAUUUUUAGAAAGAACAGAACAGCAGUCCAGAUGCCCAGAUCCCAUCCGUGCAGAAUCAGAAGCAACCAGCAGUGGAUGAGGUGCCAGCUUGUUCCAGGUGUGGCAUUUGUAUUAUGCAAUUCAGCCUUGUAGUCCAGGCCCUGCUCUGUCCUGUCCUUGUUCUGCUUUUGCUAAACUUACUUUAUGUUAUGUUCUAUUACGCAAACUACCUCCAGUUGCUGGGACAAGGGGGGCAAGGCUUAAUGACAACUGAGGUCCUAACCUACAUUGUUCAGG